UCUGGGAGUCCCAACGGUACCCAUGACGUUAAAAUCGAUGGUGGGAUCGAUAAAGUUGUCCUUCAUCCCCAUGCAAUCAUAGGUAUGUUCACAGAAGUAUUAUAUGCCCACAGCUUUUUGCAGGCCAUAGCAAAGCCUAGCCACCAGUUCAAUGCUUUGCGCAUGCUCUAGCGGCAGGUGGGGUGCGAAAAUGGUUGCUUGGAAGUCUCAAAUGCCGAACACACUCUCGCAUUUCACCGACAAAAAAAACGAUAAAUCCUAUGUCAUUGAAGAUAUUAUUGACUCAGAGAAGUCUGAAUUUGAGUUUGCAGAAGAAGAAAGGACGAUAUGGGAUAGAAUACUACCUAUCAGAAGGACUCGUAUGGUAGGGAGGAGGCGGAGUGGGGGGAUGAAGAGCACCACGAAACAGGUUGGAUACGGGAAGAUUCCGCUCGUCAAUGCAACCACUCAAGGCAAUGACGGCUGAGAUAAACAUGGGUUAUAGAAAUAAUUACUUGCAUUUGAAUGAAAUUAUAGAAUCACCGUAGUGGAAUGGUGUACACUUUGCCUCCCAUACGAAUGGGAGGCAAGUCGCUGCCUUGAAUAGGGUAGGUACAGAAAUAUAGAAGCUGUCAACAUGGAACCAUACAAGUCAAAUGCAAUAGGCUCUAUGAUAGUUAUCACAGUGGAA